CAGAGAGCUACGUGUCUCCCUCUGCCCUCCUUUCCCUUUCGUUUCGCCACGUUUCAUCUCUCGCACGUAUCUCCCUUUCAUCACACGUGCCUCUCCCAACGUUCCUAUAAAGUUAACAACCUCGUCACUAUCUUCUCCGUUGCACCUGCACUCCGUUUUUCUGGAACCCUCAGCUUCCACAGUUUGCUUCCCCUUUCUCUCUUAACCACCCACACACACACACACACAGCAUAAAGCAAGAACACGCAUGCAAGGUAACGGUAGUUGCUGCAUCGCGCGGCGCGCAACUGAUGCAUACGACAUGGCCAAAGUUCACAGAAUAAUGAUGGGGUUCCGCCCCAUCGCCCCAAAGCCCAACUCCGUUUCUUCAUCGGAAAACAGCGACGCCGGCGACGCCUUCUCCAGAUCCGUCGGAACCAAACGAAAAAGUAACAGCGGCAGCAAACGGAGAAUCCGGCGGAAAAGAAUCACGCCUCCACCGGCGGUGGUGACUCUCCCGCUGCUUCCUGAGACGCCAGAUCCGAAGAAUCCACCCGAAGCCAUGAGCAGAAACAACUCGCCGGUGUGGAUGAGCUUCGAGAAUAACGGUUACGCCACCACGGCGGGGAAGGUGGAUCUGCCACCGGCGUUGGGAUCGGUGGUGACGGUGGAGUGCGUGACGGACACGUGGCAGGAGGAGAAGGAGGUGUUGCCGGUGAAGAAUCUGGUGGAGGACACGUGUCCGGGGUUCGUGUCAGACGGUUACGGGAGGGUGACGUGGACGAACGGUGCGUACAGGGAAAUAGUAGGUGAGGGUGGAGUGUGGUUAGUUACGAAGGAGGUGAGGGUUCCGUUCCCGUGUGUAAGAGGGUUCACGUGUAGGGUGAGGGUGCAGGACACGUGUGGGAAAGAGAGAACCGUGCCGUGUGAUGUUUGGAGAAUGGAGAGUGGUGGGUUUGCAUGGAGGUUAGACGUUACUGCUGCUCUUUCCUUGAGCCUCGCCUUGUAAAUUAAAGCUAGCUGGGUGGGUUCAAAGAGAAAACUGAAGACUGUUUGUUGAGAACUUGCUAGAUGUCUUGCUUUAUUGACUGAAUAUUGUCAAUUAGUUGUUUGCUUGAAUCUGUGCAUAUACAUAUGAAUAUCAGAUCUUUUUAUUUUUGGUUUUUAA